UUAUUAAAUGGUUAAUAGUACAUUGUGCAAUAUGUGCUUAGGAACAUAGAAUAUAUCCUUUAAUAUAAAUAUAUCAUAAGAUGAAGAAUGACAUCAUAGUAUAGUCAUUUUUCUUUUAUUCUUCUGUUUGCAGGACCUAGGCCUUAUGUAACUGUGAAUGAGAAAGGAGCGAGAGUUUACCACUGUGACGGGUGUACCUGUACAUAUGAGAACAAUCAGCAAUUUUUUUUAUGUAUGAGGAGUCACCAUGGCAAAAAACCAUUCAUAUGUCAAACAUGUGGAAGCAGGAGUGAUACCAUUUAUUAUUGGACAAGGCAUAUGAGGUCACACACUGAUAUGAAGAGCUAUGCAUGUCAGUACUGCGGAAAAACAUUUAAAAAAAGGGAGGCCUGUCGAGAUCAUGUAAGAUUAGAAGAAGGCAAACAACCCUAUGUCUGUGAAAUUUGUGGGAAAAGAUACACCAGUAAUGAAAAAUUGUAUAAACAUUUGACCUCACAUAAUCCCAAGAUGAGCAGAUGCAAGAUAUGUGGGAAAAGAGUGAAAAAACACUACCUGAGAAAACAUAUAUUCUUUUCACACACUAAUACAUUCACAUGUGACAUCUGUGGGCGUCAAUUUUCUCGGAAAUGUAAUUUGCAAGUCCACCAGAGAAUCCAUACUGGAGAAAAACCAUAUAAAUGUGAAACGUGUGAUAAAUGUUUCAUCCAAUUGUCUUCUCUUAAUAGUCACAAGAAAGUGUGCCUUAAAUUGUCGUAUUCAAACAUUGACGAAAACAAAAUUUAAUAUGAUAGUGAUGGAUCACAUUGAGAAAAAGCAAUAUGCUUUAGACCAUAAAUGUAACAUUGUUGUGGAGGAUGAUUAUAUAGCAUAUUAUAUAGCAAGGCAAUAUGCUUUUGCGCAUAAAUGUAUAAUAA